AGGCGUAGCUAAUCGAGCCUGAUUUCAGGGUUUGGUGGAUCAUCUUGCUGAGGUUCCGAGGUGGAGUUGGCGAGCUAUUGCGCGGCCGCGGGAGUCAGCUCCCGAGCUAGGUGGUUUUAACUUUAAAUGUCCUCACGGGUGAUUUUAAGGCCGGCGCCGUCCUCUACGAUCCUCGCCUACUCCUUCGAAGGCCGUAGAAUCUCGGGUGGUAGAGGCCGCCGCACCCAGACCCCCUCCCUGACCAGAGAGGGAAACUGAGGCCCAGAGGGGGAAAGCGACUGCACAGAAAGCGAGGCAGAGCGGAUGGGACCGUGCGCGGGGGAGGCUCCGCAGAAGUCGGCGGCAGCUGCCGCUCGUCCGGAGCGAAGGCGGGUUCCACCUUUCACCAGCUGGUGACCCCUCGGGCAAGUCUCUUAACUUUUCCGAGCCUCAGUUUCCUCGUCCGUAAGCUCCGAACCUGUGAUUUUUUGGCAUACAUAGGGAACUCCCCGGGGAAGACACACCCUCCACCUACGCAGGGUGGCACCUUCUCUGCAGCUGACGGCCUUGGAGUAGGGAGGGGCUCUUCACUCUGAUCACGGCCACGGAUCAGAGACUUUGUGGAUUCGGAUGAGGGAAAAAACCCAAAUUAUUUCCGCAUUUUCGCAACCUCUAACUGAAAUUUGGCAUUUCCUUCCAUUAUUAAGGGUGACUCAAUCUACUUUCCCACAAGAUGGUAGUGUUUUUGAAGUGCCCUGUUCUUAUAACUGCAGAGAUCAACUUGAAUUUAGUGGCUCUGACAGUAGUGGCUUUGUUGAGUCGAUUGUGGAGAUUGUCCUAUCCACGGGCAGUAGUCUUUGAUGAAGUCUACUAUGGGCAAUUUGUGUCACUUUACAUGAAGCAGAUCUUCUUUGUGGAUGGGAGUGGACCACCACUUGGCCACAUGUUGCUUGCUUUUGGAGGUUAUUUGGGAGGAUUUGAUGGCAACUUUUUAUGGAACAGAAUUGGAGCAGAAUACAGUAAUAAUGUGCCAGUGUGGUCCUUGCGCCUGUUGCCAGCUCUAGCAGGGGCCCUUUGUGUCCCUUUAGCUUACCAGAUUGUAUUAGAGCUCCACUUUUCCCACUACGCUGCUCUUGGAGCUGCACUUCUGAUUCUGAUAGAGAAUUCUUUAAUUACUCAGUCUAGGCUGAUGCUGUUGGAGUCAUUGUUAAUUUUUUUUAAUCUCCUUGCUGUAUUGUCCUACCUGAAGUUCUCUAAUUCCCAAAAAUGCAGCUCAUUCUCUGUGAGCUGGUGGGUUUGGCUAAUUCUCACUGGAGUUUCUUGUUCUUGUGCAGUUGGGAUAAAAUAUAUGGGCCUUUUCACUUAUAUACUGCUACUUACUAUUGCUUCAGUUCAUGCCUGGCACUUGAUUGGAGACCAAGCUUUAUCAAAUGCUCGUGUAUUCUGUCAUUUGCUAGCCAGAGGAGUGGCCUUGUUGGUCAUACCAAUAGUUAUGUAUUUAUCUUUUUUCUACAUCCAUCUGAUGGUACUAUACCGCUCUGGACCUCAUGAUCAAAUUAUGUCUAGUGCUUUCCAAGCCAGCUUGGAGGGUGGAUUAGCUCGGAUCACACAAGGCCAGCCACUGGAGGUAGCUUAUGGCUCCCAGAUCACCCUGAGAAAUGUCUUAGGUAAACCCAUGCCCUGCUGGCUUCAUUCACAUAAGAACACCUACCCUAUCAGGUAUGAAAAUGGCCGAGGCAGCUCCCACCAGCAACAGGUGACCUGUUACCCCUUCAAAGACGUCAAUAACUGGUGGAUUGUAAAAGAUCCUGGGAAGCAUCAGUUGGUGGUAACCAAUCCUCCUAGGCCUGUACGACAUGGGGAUAUUGUGCAGCUGGUCCAUGGAAUUACAACUCGUUUCCUCAAUACGCAUGAUGUUGCUGCACCUCUGAGUCCACACUCUCAAGAAAUUUCCUGUUACAUCGACUAUAAUAUUUCCAUGCCAGCACAGAACCUUUGGAGAGUGGAUAUUGUAAACCGCGAGUCAGAUUCAGAUAUAUGGAAGACUAUAUUGUCAGAAGUUCGGUUUGUACACGUGAACACUUCAGCAGUACUGAAGCUGAGUGGAGCAUCAUUACCUGACUGGGGUUAUCGGCAGCUGGAGAUCAUUGGUGAAAAACUGUCCAAAGGCUAUCACCAGAGCAUGGUAUGGAACGUGGAGGAACACCGAUAUGGGAAAAGCCAGGAACAAAAGGAGAGAGAGCUGGAGUUGCAUUCCCCUACUCAGAUUGACAUCAGCAAAAACCUCAGUUUUAUGGCCAGAUUCACAGAAUUGCAGUGGAAGAUGCUGACAUUGAGAAGUGAAGAAACUGAGCACAAGUACAGCUCUUCGCCCCUGGAGUGGCUCACACUGGAGACAAAUAUCGCCUAUUGGCUACAUCCCAGGACCAGUGCUCAGAUCCACCUGCUUGGAAAUGCUUUGACCUGGUCUUCAGCCAAUAUCGCCACUUUGGCCUAUGUGCUUCUGCUUUUCUGGUAUCUGCUCAGACGGAGGAGAAAUGUCUGUGACAUCCCUGAAGAUUCCUGGUCGCUCUGGGUAUUGGCUGGGACUGUGUGUUGCGGGGGCUGGGCUGUGAACUAUCUCCCCUUCUUUAUGAUGGAGAAGACACUAUUCCUUUACCACUACCUGCCGGCUCUCACCUUCCAAAUCAUCCUGCUCCCCAUUGUGCUGCAGCAUGUGAGCGAGCACUUCUGCAGAUCCCAGCUCCAGAAGAACAUAUUCAACUCCUUAAUCAUAGUAUGGUUUUCCUCUGCAUAUCUGGUUUAUCACACUUUCAGCCCAAUAACCUAUGGAGAUCAAUCUCUCUCAACAAAUGAACUCAAGGCCCUUCGUUGGAAGUCUAGCUGGGAUAUCCUGAUCAGAAAACACUAAUGGAAAAAGAAUAAACUAGUGGAAAUCUGAGAUAGGGAGUUGGAUAAAGUAGAACAGGCCUUGUUCGUUUCUUUCUUGCUUUUGUUUAUUAACAAGCAAAACUACUCUGGAAUUGAAAGAAUAACUUAUACAGAAACUGUUGAGUUCCUGGCCUUUAACUACGGGAAGAGGUAACUAAAAACUUCACAACUUGUUUAAUUGUUUCAAUUCACCAUUGAGAAGGCCGUAGAAAAAAUUAACUACAUUUUGAGCAAGGACAAGUCUUUUCCUGGAAACUAGAGAGCAGACUAUUUCCACUGACUCCUGUGGCCCUUAACUAAACAAAACCCUCAUUCAUUUAACUGAUUAACAUAGUCACACCCUGCAGCCACAUGGAGACGAAAAGAAAUCAUAGCCCAAAAAAACUUGAGAGUCUAUGAUGAAACUACAGUUCAGCUUUUUAACUAGGAAACUGCUGGUAGUCCUAAUAGCUAUUGUCCUCAGUUUUUCCUUUGCUAGACUCAUGCUGCCAUGAAUACUUCGUAAACCUACUGCACCAGAGCAACAGCUGAGUAUUCAUCUUUGGUGGGACCUUACAGAAGCCAUUCUUGAAUAAUUCCAUUUUCCCAGUCUGUAUGAUGGGAAGGUAAGUUACUUUGGUCAUAAGCCUCUUAUGAGGAUUCAUUUAAGUUUUCUGACUACCAGAUGAAAAAGCCUACUGCAUCCUAGUAUUUUAUUGCUAUGGCAUUUUUUUUAUCUUCAUUAUGAGCUUUUGCUGUAGGGUGGCUUUAUGUUAAGUAAACCCAAUCCCUAACUCAAAGGUGUUACAGUCAUCUCUGUAAUUUUUCUUUCUGAAAUUUGAUUUAUGUUUACAUUAAAAAAAAUAAUUUUAAAGAGACAAAUGAACACUACUAUUUGGUGUUUGUUUAUUAGUCCCAAAACAGUACAUUAGGCAUGACAAAGAUUUUAGGUAAUUAUAGGUUAGAAAACCAAAGGACCUGAAACAAAGUUCCCUGUCUUACGUAUCUCAUAGUAACUAUAAUGAUUUAUGCCUGAUAGAAGAAAACCAUGAGUGGCUAUACAUGAGGAGAUUGAUUAUAAAA